AUGGUGAUGUCUGUGUACAAAUCCGGUGUCCAUUGUACUCUGUUAGGAGACGGAAUGGUUGGAAAGACAUGUCUCGCACGCUCCUUUGCUGACCGGACAUUUCCGGUCAAUUAUGUGGCCACUGUAAUGGACACAUACAGUGGUACCACCUAUGUGGAUGGAAACAAAUACGGAAUCACUCUCACUGACAUGGCUGGAGAGCAUGACGUCAUACAAACCAGUGAUUACACUAUGACCGACGUGUUUAUCAUCUGCUACAGCGUGGUAGACCGAGAGUCGUUUGAAAGUGUGCAGGAUUUCUGGGCCCCUCAAAUAAAAAAGAUCGCCAAGAAACGUCCGGUGAUCCUUGUCGCAACACAGACUGAUCUUCGACAGGAAGGGAACAUACAUCACGUGACGUCAUUAGAAGGGGAAACCCUGGCUAAACUUAUGUCAGCAAACCAGUUUAAGGAGAGCUCUGCCUUCGCCAAGGAAGGUGUAUCACCUCUUUUUAAAAGUGUGGUGCAUGUAUCUUUAAAGUACCACAAGAAAAGAUGUAAUAUUAUCAAAAGAGUUCUUAACAGUAUUUGAACACACAAUUUAGUUCAGUGAUUAAGACUUAUCUCUGAUCCCCUGUGAUCAAGGAUGGACGUGUUGUUGCACUCAUUGGCAACUUCGGCCGCAACUUAAGAAUGCAACGGUCCAGCUGUGAUGGAGACAGACUCUCCAUUGAGACACCUGCAUGAGGAGAGACAUAUGAGAUAACUGCACGAGGAGAUACGUGUCUUUCCAAGAGAUUUCCCAUUAAGGAAUUGACUUUCGGAGGAAUUGCAUCCAGUUUACAGGAAAUCCUGUCAUUUAGAUGUUGAUUGAACUCUUUAUACCGAGCUAAGUUCAUCGACUUAACGGAGAGUCCACCAGGAAAUCACUUCGUCAUUACAGGAGGUAUGACAUUCCAUGCUGAUAAACAGUGACAAUUCAAAAGCUCCAAUGACGGAAAGUACCAGCGUGUGUU